AUGUCAUUUGCUACAAAAUCAAAAGACUUACCUGCAUUACCAAUUGUUAUAGAAAAUGACAACCUCGAAGACAUCGAUAUAGACACAGGUAAAGUGAACCAAAGAGAAAUUGUUGAAUAUCCUAAUCCAUAUUUUCAUAGCAACCCAAGUCAGUAUUCCAAGGAGAAUUUGUCAAUGAUGUCGUCCAAGAUCUCGUUGACAAGCUCACAUGUACCAUCAAUACCGAAGAAUAAAGCUCCGAUGACGCGUCCAAGAAGUGACAGUUCUAAUAAAUUCAGGCCAAAACUGGCUACGUCCCAAUACGUUGUACAACUUGAUAAGACUCCGCUGAACUUAACACCUUCACAAAGGCUUAAACUCCGUAAGCUUCAACUCAAUAAUAGUAUAUCCAAUUUUAGCUUGCCUCCGAAAGAUAGUGGUAAACGUUUCAUGGACGAAGAAAGUGACGAUGACGAAGAAAUAGGCGAAUAUGACUGCGUUUUCAAUGUUCCGUUUUCCCAACCCUUGUCAUCUUUGGCUCAGAGGGAAAAGUUUACAUCUGACAAUACUGAUAGAAAAUCGUUGGCCACUGAUUCUACUAGGUCAUCAUCAAUAUUGAGCCAUGAUAGUUUUGCUGAAACUUCAUCUAUUGUAAGUUGCAAUUGUGAUGAUAAUUUAACUGGUAAGAGACCUUCGAAUUAUUAUGAUAAUUCAAGAAUAAAUACGACUCUUAAUGCGCUAAGUAUGGAUAAAUUAAGCAUGUCAAAAGAUGCACAGGAUUUGUCGUUGUUAUUUAGUAGAAAUGAAUCUGUUCAAAUAAAUGAAGAAAGUCGACAAAAAAGGAAAAUGUUAAAUAACUUCAAGAGAAUACCGAAAUCUAUGCCUUCAACUCCACUUGAAGGUUCAUUUUCUGAUUUAUCUAUAUCCAAAAAUAAUGGGUCUUCGGAAUAUCGACUGCAAUCUAAUCCAAGAACAUUGAAUCAUAGAUCAAUAUCUCAAUCUGUGAUUCCCAUGUCUACCAAGGAGAGAAAACAUCAAAGUGCACCAUCUAAAUACUAUACUUUCACAAGACCCACCUGGCUACCACCGAAAUCAUCAUAUGAUAGAAUUAAACAUCAAAAAGAGUCGCAAGAUAUAAUAUACCGAGCUCUUCAGAAAGAAGCGGAAGAGAGAAAUAAUAAACUAAGUCAGUUAGAGAAGAUUAAAAAAUUGAGAAAGAAAGACGUAGAAGUCUGGGAAACUUUGAAUUUUGGAGACGAUAAAAUACUGGGUGAAAAGAAGAAUAGUAGAAAAGUCCAAGACAUGUACUGGAGAGGUUUACUGGAUAAGAUCAGAUCCAGGAUAUGGCAGAAGCAAAUUGGAAAUGCCUUAAACUUGAAUGAAAAAUAUUGUGACAUUUUCUUUGAUAAAUUUGAUUCCAUUUUUAUUAAAAAGGUGAAUCAACUUGAUUCUUUAUUAAGAAAUAAUGCUGAAUGUGUGGUUGCGUUAGAAGAGCACGCUGAAAAUUCUGGUAACGAAUUGUAUAGUGGAAUUAAGAGUGCUGAGAUAAAUUCGACUAAAAAUAUUAAUGUGUUUUUGAAAGCAAAUCAAAAUAUGCUUUCUGUGAAGACCUUAUAUGACAGAAUAAGCCAUGAUUUGUUAGAUACUUAUCCUGAUAUUAAGGUUUUCCAAAGUCAUGAAGUUUUGCUGGCGUUGACUAGAACGAUUGUCAGUUUCGUCAUUUAUUUAAAUGAAACCAGAGAGAACAUUGAUAUUAAUGAACAAACAUUUAGUCAACUAAACACAAAUUAUUAUUUUAGUGGGAUGAAUACAUUAGCGGCAUUAUUAUAUUAUCACAAUCGAAGUUCGUAUGCAACUUUCAUUAGUUUGGUUAAUAUUUAUGAAAGGAAAGUACCAAAUUUAUUGCUUUGUUAUAAGUCUCAGACUGAUAGGGUCAACAGACAGAUGUACGGUAGACUCUUAUGUGAAAGUUUUAUGAGCAUAUUUGAAACCUCAUUUAAAAAGAAUUUAAUUAGAUUAUACACACAUUUCAAUGUUAUAGGUUUGAAAUCCUUUGAGUUUAUUCCUGAUAUUCUAUCUGGAUUAUUCUCUAAUUUAUUUAAUUUUGAGUUGAGUUGUCAAAUAAUGGAUAUUUAUGUAUUCGAGGAUACACCAUUUUUGGUGAAAUGUCUUUUGGCUCUACUCAAGCAAAUGUCAUUUAAGUUAUUUGGUACCAAGCAAGAAGUGUUAGAUCUUUUGGGAAAGAAUUAUAGAGAAGAGAAUAAUAAUCGGGGAUCGAAGCAAGACACAAAUAGAUACUUGAAUGUUGGGUACGAUUAUCAAUUCAUUAAAACCGUGAAGGAAAUGGUACUUUGA